AUGAGUGUCGCAACAGAAGGCGUAGAAGAAACGUUACUCAAAGUGACUCGAGAAACAAGGCAAACCUUCAAAACUACUCAUCUGCGCAAAAUUGAUGAAUUAUUGGAGAAUAUGCAUAAAGUUGAUGUCGUUGAGAUCAACCUUCCUGAUGAACUAGGGCCUAACAAAGAAAGCAUCCAUUGGCAACUUGUAAACUCAGCUAAAACAUUCAAUACAGCUUGGUAUUCAGCAAGUAAUGCAAUAUGUGUUGUUGGAGAUUCAGAACGUCGACCUGACGUUGAUUCAACUGCAUUAGUUCUACAAAAUAACCAACCUAACAAACCUCCAUAUGGUAUUUAUUGGGAUACAAAUAGAAACCCUCCG